CGGGACAAGAAAAAGGGGAUGAGGAGGGGAAAUGAUCAGUCAGCGGGAGAAGCUCGUUGCAUGGAAAAUUAAGCGAGGGGCUGUACUUCUAGACAAAUACGUGUUAGCGCCUGAAGGAAUCCACCUAUUUCUAUUGAGGGCACAAUGAGUGGGCAAAAAAACAAAGCAAAACCCAAACAUCAGGCUGUCGGUACCGUGUCCCCGCCCUUGUUCCUCCCUCGCUGUCAGUUAUUGGAUAAGGCCGUUCGCUGAGCGUAGCGGAGUUUUAGGUUUCUUCUUUUCCCACGCUAUGGCAGAUUCUUCCGGUCUAUCCGUAAGCAAACGACAACUACCCAGUGUUUUGAUCUCUGAAAUAGGAGGUGCAUUUGGUAUAUUAGAGAGCCACGUAGAGUUUCUCAAGAAGCAUUUCAAUCUCAUCACCAUGGAGGAGUUCCACAAAAAUAAAGAACUCCAUGAAAGGAUCAAAUCUGUAUUUGUAUUUGAGCGUAGACCAGUCAUUGACCAGGAGCUUCUUGAAAGCCUGCCCAACCUAAAGGUGAUUGGAAACUCAGGAGUAGGAGUAAAUCAUCUGAAUUUAAAAUUAAUUACUAGCUUUGGCGUUAAAGUGACCAACACUCCACAUGCUGUUUCUGAUUCCACUGCGGACAUUGGGAUGGCGUUAAUGCUAGCAUCUGCCAGAAGAUUAGUUGAAGGUUGUUUUCUUGCAACAUCUCCAGAUACUACACAUUUUGCUGUUAAUUGGCUAGGGGUAGAAGUCAGCAGGGCCACUCUUGGUAUCAUUGGAAUGGGCAGCAUCGGUUAUAAAGUAGCCAAAAGGGCAAAGGCUUUUGACAUGAAGAUUCUCUAUCACAAUAGGAAUCGCAGAAAAGAGGAAGAAGAACAAGAAGUUGGUGCCAUGUAUUGUAAAAACAUUGAUGACUUGCUUCAACAGUCUGAUUUUGUGAUGCUGGUUGUAAAUUUGACACCAGAGACUCACAAUCUAAUUGGAAAGAGAGAGCUAGAACUGAUGAAACCCACGGCUACACUCAUCAAUAUCUGCAGAGGUGCAGUUGUUGACCAGGAUGCAUUGGUAGAAGCACUCCAAAAUGGGGUUAUUAAGGCUGCAGCUCUGGAUGUGACAUAUCCUGAGCCAUUGCCAAGAGAUAAUUUGUUAUUGCAGAUGAAGAACGUCAUCAUAACCCCCCACAUUGGAACUGCUACAGUGCAAGCUCUACGCAUGAUGACAGAAGAAGCAGUAGAAAACAUCCUGGCAGUUCUCAAUGAUCUUCCUAUUCCUAGUGAAAUGAUCCCCAAAUGACUUGAUGGAGAACAUAAAUAAUCAAUGCAUUAUCAAGAAAGGGACAUUAAGCUCUAAGAAAUAAUGCAGUAUGACAAAUAUUUAGACAACAUAUUCUUAUCAGUUUCAAAAUGUGUGAUUGUGAUUAUUUUUUAAUUAUAUUAAUCCUGUUGAAAAAACAUUUGUUCUGAGGCUUUGGAGCAUGGUGGUUGGGUUUCUGAUUCCUUCAUCCCUUUAUCUCUACCAAACAGAUACAUGUACACUCGUCUUUGUAAAAUGAGAAGUGCACUUGAGAAUGGAGGUACUCUCCAAGUUUCUGCAAUUAGCAAGCACAUAUUGCUCGAAAUACAAAUUCGUAAUACUAAUCUUCAGAUAAAUCAACAAAUUCAUAAGAGGCUAAGACUUAGGACUCUGUUAAAUAUUUCACAUUGAAGUUCAACCCCAAACAACUUAAGAACGUGAGUCAUUCAAGCACAGAAAUAUUUAUUAUUCAAGAUUUUAGUUUUCAUGUUUGAAAUGAUCUCUCUUUUGCGGUGCUUACCUGCAGAUAAUUGUUGCCAUCUUUUGACAAUUAUAUGAAGGACAGAGCAGAACCCAAAUAUAGCAGACCGUACUGCCUGUCUUGCAGUUUUGGCAUUUUAGGCUAGAUGAGAGAUUGCUUAGAAAUGUCAAAUUUUAUUCACCACAUUUAUUGAAUAAACCCCAAUUGACUGAGUUCACACAACGCAUUAAGCCAUGUAAGUAUUACUAAUUGCUAUGGCUGAAUUGGCACAAAAACAACCAAAACAUAAUACUGCCAGGCAGUACAUGAAUCUAGGCAUAGUUUUCCGAUCUUGACUAGAAAGUGGUGACUGCUAAAGCUCUCAGAUUUUUCAUGGCAUUCAAAAGCUGAAUCCAUUAAUGAUAUAAGUGAUGAUAUAACGGCAUUUUAAAAGCCCUAUCACCAAAUAGUUCUGAACAGGCUUGUUUUUUUAUGGAACAAAUAAAAUGCAAGACAAAAUUUGGAAAUAAGGAAAAGAAAAUUAAACAAGAAAGAGUAACGUGGGUGUUUGUAUUGGUGGCAGGGAGAGAAAGAAAUACAAAGCACUUUAAAAUAUCCUUAUGCAACAUUUGUAAAAACAAAGGCAAUUUGUUCAAAAAAUAAUAUAGUUAAGGGUGAUCAGAUUUGAAUGAACAUUGUACAGUAAUUAUAGAGAUCUUCAAAGCCCUUUGCGAUUGUAUUAAUUUUCAACCAAAGCAAUAGUCUAUACCUUUAAAUUCCAUUCAUCCAAAGGAAAAUGUACUUUCAGGAUGUACUAAAACAGAUGUUUAAUCAUUGAUUAUUUUUCUUCUAUUUUUAUUUUAAUUCAUGUAAUUUUCCAUAGUCAGCCGUAUAGAGCUUCUAAUAAGAAAUGUAGUAUUUUCAAAUAGGAUCAAUAUUUUCAAACAGUAUCCUGAUCCAUAAAGAGACUUUGAAUGAUAGCUUAGAGUACUCAUGCAGCUGUUCUGCAAUCAUUUUACUUAGGAAGUAAAAAAAUCCAAACAGUAUUGCUCUUUGUCUGUUCCCAAAUAAUUUCUUUAAAAUAAUCAGAUUAAAAUCCAAUGAAGAUAUA